AUGUAUAAUUACGUGGUCACUGCUCAUAAACCUAGCACGGUUGUCUCUUCUGUGAGGGCAAGCUUUUCUGCACCCGAUGAGACAAAUUUGAUUCUUAACAAGACAACACGUUUAGAAUUCUAUACUCUUGUGCCAAAUGGUCUAAAGUUAUUUAUGGACUUGCCGGUUUAUGCCAGAAUUUCCGCCAUGGAAGGACGUACAACGGAUCUUCUUUUUGUCGCAACUGCUCGAUAUCAAUAUUUCGUUCUUUCUUAUGACGUUGAAAAUCAAAAAUUAAUUACUGAAGCGACGGGAAAUUUUGUAAAUCGAGUCGGAAAGCCUGCAGAAUUAGGACCACUUUCUGCAAUAGAUCCUAAUUGUAAAAUGAUUGGAUUGUAUGCGUAUCAUGGUCUAUUGACCGUAAUGCCAAUGAUAACAAGUUCUGGGAAACAAAAACAGCAAUUAAAUAAAAGUACUCAGCAAAUCCGAAGAGAAGCAAGAAAUAAUCAACCUAUCGGGACAAUUCAAAAACCAUUUAACUUAAGAUUAAAGGAAUUGUUGAUCCGAUCAAUGGUUUUAUUACAUAAUACAGAUUUACCUACAAUUGCUAUUUUACAUGAAGAUUCAAAAGAACGAUGUCAUAUCAAAACUUAUACUAUAAAUCUUAAAGAAAAAGAAUUUGUAGAUGGACCCUGGAAAUUGAAUGAUAUUGAUGAUACUUCAAAUUUAUUAGUUUCUGUUCCUAAAGGUGGAAUUUUGAUUGUACAAUCAAAAACUAUUGUAUAUUAUGAUGGUAAUUUUAAGGCACGGCAAAUUGAUUUGGAGUUUCCUACUGCGGCAAGAGGAAUCGCGGCUGUUGAUGAUGACGGAUCGAGAUAUUUGAUUGGUGAUGUGUUUGGCCAACUUAUUUUAAUUGUAUUACCUGAUACAGGAGAAUUAUAUUCACACUUUCUUGGAAAGAUUUCAGUCCCAUCGAGCCUACUUUACCUUGAUCAUAGUUAUGUUUUUGUUGGGUCUCAUUUUGGUGAUUCACAAUUAAUAAGAUUACGGCAAGAUAAGAAUGAACAAGGUUUUUUAUUGGAUAUACUUGAGAAAUUUAUCAAUUUGUCACCAAUACAGGAUUUUUGUAUAGUAAAUUUGGAACGACAGGGACAGGGUCAAGUUAUUACUUGUUCAGGAGGUUCAAGAGAUGGAUCGUUACGAAUUAUUCGUAACGGCGUUGGUAUUACGGUUCAAGCAACGAUGGAUAUGUCUGGAAUAAAUGGUAUUUGGUCUUUACGUCCAAAUUUUGACGCUGAUUAUGAUGAUAUGAUGGUUAUAUCAUUUAUUGGAGAAACUCGUAUUUUAAAAUUAUCACAAGGUGAAGAAUUGGAAGAAGUAAACCAGUAUUGCGGCUUUGAUAUGAGUCGACCCACUAUAGCGACAUCCAAUAUAGUUGGAAAUUUACUUGCACAGGUUACUGAAACUAGCGUAAGAUUGAUUGAUUUAAAUAAUCAGAGAGUCACUUCUGAGUGGAAUCCUCCAGCACUUAGUAAGAUAACUGUUGCUGAUAUAAAUCCUACUCAAGUAGUUGUAGCACUUGGAGGUGGGAGCUUAAUUUAUUUUGAGAUAAGAGGUUUAGAUCUAGUAGAAAUAAAAUCAACGAAAUUAGAAUACGAAGUUUCGUGUGUUAAUAUUAGUCCGCUAGAUAUAAAUAAUCCUAUAAAUUCCACGGUAGUUGCCGUGGGUCUCUGGACUAUAAUUGGAGUACAGAUAUUGAGGUUGCCUACUUUAGAAAUAAUAGCAAAUCAACCUCUUGAAGGAACAGCAAUUACGCGUUCUGUAUUGUUAACAACGUUCGAAUAUAAUCAUUAUCUAAUAGCAGCUUUAGGUGAUGGGCAAUUGUUCCAUUUCAUUUUCACUCCAGAAACAGGUCGGUUAUCAGAGAAAAAACAACUUUCUCUUGGUACACAGCCCAUAAUGUUAACCUCAUUCACGUCCAAUGGAAUGAAUCACGUUUUCGCUGCUUCGGAUAGACCAACCGUAAUUUAUAGCAGCAACAAAAAAUUGCUUUAUUCUAAUGUUAAUACCAAGGAUGUGACAUAUAUGUGUCCUUUCCGACCUACAUCUAUGGCAACAUCAUUAGUUAUCACGCAUGAAGAAGGUUUAACCAUUGGCAGUAUAGAUGAAAUACAAAAACUUCAUAUUAGGACAAUACCCCUUAAUGAAAUGCCACGGCGUAUAUUUCACCAGGAAUGUAGUAAUACAAUUGGAAUUUUAACAACAAGACCAGUACCUGAUCCUGAAACUGGUAUACAGGAACAUUUAUCGUUUUUCAAGGUUCUAGACGACCAAUCUUUUGAAUUUCAUUGUCUUACAUCGGUAAAAUUUGAUCAUGAAAGAGAAGAAGCACCAGAAUAUUAUGUUGUCGGAACUUCAUUUGCUUUUCCAAAUGAAACUGAACCGUUUAGAGGUAGAAUAUUGGUGUUCCAUGUGGAUAAGGUUGAUCAUGCACCUAAAUUAAAAUUAGCUCAUGAAAAGGAAAUGAGGGGUGCAGUUUUUGCAUGUGCUCCUUUUAACGGCAAAUUAUUGGUUGAAGGAAAAGGAAAAUUGACGGAAGUUUGCAAUUAUGUUAAUUUUACAAUGGCAUUGCAUGUUGUCGCGCGAGGUCAUUUCGUAGUAGUCGGUGACUUAUUGCGAUCGGUCACUUUGUUAGCAUAUAAAGAAUUGGAAAAUGGAGAAAAGGUUUUAGAAUUAAUAGCUAACGAUUAUAAUCAAAAUUGGUUAUCGGCAGUCGAAGCUCUUGAUGAUGAUGAAUUUAUAGCUGCUGAUACAGAUCACAAUCUCUUUACACUCAAGAGGAAUUCUGAUUCAACAGAUGAGGAGGAACGAAGGAAAUUGGAAGAAGUGGGAGCAUUUCAUUUGGGUGAUCUAAUAAAUCGGAUACGACAUGGAUCCUUGGCCAUGAAUAAUCCUGAUUUUGAGCCAAUCGCUUCAAAAACUUUAUUAUUUGGAACGGUUUCCGGCGCCAUUGGCGUCAUCGCAACCAUAUCAGAAGAUAGGUUUAAAUUUUUACAAAAGUUGGAACAUUGUAUAGAUAAGACCGUUGGACCUAUUGGUGGACUAACUCAUUCCGAUUGGCGAAUUUUUCAGAAUGAAUAUCGAUCACGUGAAGUACGAGAUUUCGUUGAUGGAGACUUAAUAGAAUCCUUCUUAGAUUUACCUCGAAAAGAUAUGGCGGAAAUUGCAAUAACGUUAGGUAAGAAGGUAGAUGAUUUAUUAAAGACUGUAGAAGAAUAUACGAGAAUGCAUUAA